AUGAGAAUUGAACUUAUCCCAAGGGAAGAUACUGAUAAAUUAACGAACAUACCGUUUUGGUCCAAGACUCUCGAUCUUAUCAUUCAGUGUCAAACAUUAUUUUUUUGGUUAGGUGGGAUUUUCUUUUUUCUUGGAUUAUUUUUUAUUAUUCUACAAUAUCAUUCUGAAAUCAGCAAUUUCAUUAAAGGUACAAUGUUACGUCUUAGAAGGCUGUUUUAUUUCCAAAAAUUGAAAAUAAAGUUAAGGAAAUGGUCUGUCAAAAAAAAAGUUAGUAUCAUAGACUUGGAAUGUCAAGAUUUAGAUCCAGCUAAAUAUAGUCAUUUCACAAUUAAUCGUUGUGAACUAAGUACUAGAAAGGUCUCGAUUGAUAUGGAUAAGAAAAUUCCAAUCGAUAGGUUCGUCGAAAUGUCAACGAAAGAUGACAGAAUUCCAAUUAAUGAAUGUUGUAUAAUUUGUUUGGAAAGGGUGAAAGUUGUUCCUAGUACAAAUGAUUUAGAAAAACAACAGAACGGAACAGAACAAACUACAGAUAUGAUACCCUCCAAAGUUGUAAAACUACCUUGCGAACAUUAUUUCCAUAAAUGUUGUAUAAAAGAUUGGUUUUCUACAAUAAGGAAGGGAAUGAAGUCAUCCACUCAUUCGUUUGCUAUUGGCCCAACAUAUUUUUGCCCUCUCUGUAGGUUAGAUUUACACAGAUGUCAACAAAUUUGUGAUUCGUUUUCAAUUUCAAUGAAAAAUCUAACUGUACUACCAAAAUAG